AUGGAACAAAACCGUCGACCUUGCCCGAUCACGGGAUCCCAUUCCAAUGAUAGUCAAAGAACUGCCGAAUCAUCCGUGGCUGAUAACCCAAGUCUAGACCCGAGCGGGCUAGACGAGACAUUAGAUUAUGAACCAAGAAUAUCGCCUUGUCCAUCUGGUCAAGGGCCAUAUCAACAUCGAUAUCAAGAUAUAGAUAACGAAAAAGAUCAGAACUCAGACGAUGAUCAAUACCAAGCCCAUCUUUCACAGCCAAGCUUCGAUUCUAGGAGAGGCUCCUCAUCCUUCAGCAUCAUGCAGAUUGAUGAAAUAAUUUCCGAUGAUCGCAUUAAUAUGGAGACGUAUGGUGUCCAAGAGCUUCGCGAUGGCUUCUUCGACGCUCUGUUCUUGGCGCCAAAACCGCUAGAUCCCGAUCUUGUUGCUGAGAUCGCAAAGGCGACUCUUCCAAAAGAAUUUGAUAAGAGCCAUCCCUUGUCAGCAAAGCAUUUCCUACCAAGGCAAUUUCAUGAAAUGGUAUCAGUUGCACACAAGAUUGCAACUACAAGAGCUGGCAUUAGACUUAUAAAGUCUUUCCUCUCCUUCUUUAUUGCAUAUGUGCUAUGUCUUGUCCAGCCAGUCCAAAACUGGCUUGGUCGAUAUGACUAUAUCAUGGCAAUAUCUGUCAUCAUUAACCAUUCAGAUCGGAGCUUUGGUUCUCAACUAGAUGGCGCGGUACUGACCAUCAUCGGCACUGCCGUUGGCCUUGGUUGGGGUACUGUUGGUCUUUUGUUGUCUAUAUCAACUGACGAAGCUCAAGGAGGUUAUGGAGGAAUUCUAGCAGCGUUUUCAAUUGUUCUUUUUGCUAGUCUUGCGUUCAUGAGAGCAUUCUUCAUUCGUCUUUACCAACCCACUCUCGCUGCAGGCAUAGCCCUCGCCUUCACAACGCUGGCUGAGACGAGAAGUGGUGGAAUAGAAUGGCAGAAGCUUCAGAGCUACGCAGUACCUUGGGCUUUGGGCCAAGCAAUUUCUUUGGCCGUCAAUUGUAUUGUCUUUCCGGAUGCUGGUAACCACUCCUUGGCCAUUGCUUUCAACAAAUCGUUCAAAACCAUACAGGAAUCCCUUAUCAUACCUCGGCCAAGGGAUAUAAGAGCAAAAAGACGUCUUGCAAAAGCUUUUAUGGACAUUUCUCUCGCAUAUCGCGACAUGAGGAUUGACCUCACUAUUACUCGUUUCCGCCCUAUGGAUGUUCGAGAGUUGCGUAAUGCCGUCCAGGGUGUCGUUCGAGCUCUUUUCUCUAUGAAAACGGAUACGGAUCUCUUCGAGGAAUGGGACAGCCCUCUAGAGAUUACCAUUGCAGAUAGCUCAGGGGGCAAAUCACCUUACGAAGAGUCUGGACGUAAAGUGGCUCAGGCCCUUUCAGGCCCUACCAAGGAGGUUAUUGCUUGCAUGGCAGAGGCUGUAAGUAGAUGCCAUGCUACGCUAAUGGACCUAACUGGCUGGCGCAAACAAAUCGGCCCUCCUAAAGAUGUCUCUUCAGACAUUGUCCCCAUCCAACUGCGCAUGAAAGACGCCCUUGAAGCCUUUGACGCGGCAGAAAAGCGGCUUCUAACAUCCAAGGAUAGACCUGAUACAUAUGCAGAACACGGGCAGGCCGUGGAGCUUUUUGUCUUCGCGAGACAUACCCGAGAGGCGGCAGCAACUGUCGUUCAUCUCAUGACUCAUAUUCAUAAUAUGCAGUCUCACUCCAGCCGUAUCCGUCUCAACCUUCCAACUUAUCCUCCUGCCAAAGCUUUAUACAGAACAAACGCCCAGGUUAGGCACGAUCGUGGCGGAGUUACAGCUGGUAUGUACAAGUCAACGUUUAAAGAGAUUAGGAAACUUAUCACCUUGACGAAUUUGCACGAGGGGGACCAACACGACACAAACUUCCGCUCACUGCUUGAAUGGAACAACUAUGAUAAUGUCUUUGACAUACCUGGCAAGAAGAAGCUACGUUACAGAAUCUACAUGGUCCUUCACCGUUUACAGGACAUCGAGAGCAAAUAUGCACUGAAGGUCGCCCUCCUGACUUCAGUUCUAGCUCUUCCGGGAUGGUUGGGCACCGAGACAACGUGGUGGAACACUUAUGAAGCUUGGUGGGCUGCUUGUGUGGGCUGGAUUAUGAUGCAUCCCCGUGUUGGCGGCAACAUCCAGGAUUUCUUUACUCGUGCUUUUGCGGCUAUUUUGGGCGCUUUAUGGAGCGGUGCAGCUCACGCCGCCAGUCGUGAGAACCCAUAUGUAUUGGCCGUAUUCGCUGCCGUCUUCAUGAUUCCAAUGAUGUAUCGCUUUACUCAAAGCAAACAUCCGCGUUCUGGUCUCGUUGGAUGUCUUUCGUUUACAGUUAUAUCGCUUAGCUUGCGGAACAAUUCGGCUGAAGCAUCCGUAACACUGUUAGGAGUUCAUAAGGGCAUCGCCUUCUUAGUAGGGACUAUAGCACCAAUAGUUGUGAACUGGGUGCUCUGGCCCUUUGUCGCUCGGCACGAACUUCGAGGGGCACUAUCAUCGAUGCUGUUCUUCAUGAGUAUAAUGUACCGAAAUGUCGUUGCAAAUUAUGUCUACUUUGACGAGGGAAAGAACCCAACCCCUGAAGACAUAAGACGAUCUGAGAUGCUUGAGAGUCGAAUGCGAGAAGGGUUUGUUAGAAUUCGACAGCUCCUCGUCAUGACACGCCACGAAAUUCGCCUUCGUGGGCCCUUCGACCCUGUUCCUUACUCAUGUCUGGCCGCUUCCUGCGAGCGUUUCUUUGAAUAUCUCAUUGCCGUCCGGCAGUCUGCUCUGUUCUAUAACCCAGAUUACAUCCGCGAUAACCCUAUCGCUGCAGAAAAGCUUCUGAGUUACAGGCGAGAUGCGGUUGCCUCCAUUCUCAGCAACUUGUACACACUCGCUGGUGCUUUGAAAGACCAAAGGAAGGUUCCUCGCUAUCUUCCCAGCGCCGCCGCAGCGAGAAAGAAACUCCUUCACAAGACUGCAGAGGUUGUCAGAGAAAUGGAAGAGAACGCUGAAUUGCCCGAACUCGAGAGGCAAAAGACAUGGAGUGAUAUAUAUAGCUAUUCAUACAACGAGAGUCUAACAGGCUGCGUUGCACAAUUGGAAGAACUGGAACAGUUUACAAAGUUAAUAGUAGGGGAGAAACGGUUCGAGGGCAAAAAGCACCUGAAUUACUAUGAUGAAGAUGAAGAUGCAUCUUCUGGGCGGCUUAAUUGA